GGCGGUGAAAAAUUUUAUAAUUUAAAAUCUACAAAAAGAACACAAAAAAUUAAAAAAUAAAAAAAAAUAAAAAAAAAAGAGUUCUCUUUCUCUCUCUCCCCCUUCCUCUCCCUGGGGCUUCGCUCUCUCUCUGUCUUUCUCCUGAGCGAUUUUCUUCAUCAUCUUCUGGGGGCUUAUCGGAUGCCGUUUUGAGCUUCAAGAUCGGCUUAAGGAAAUCAUUUCGUAUCUUCUCUAGCCCAACAGGAGAGGUGAAGAAAUGGACCAUGACAAGACCGAAUGCCAGGCUCCUCCUGAAGGCCCUAUCUUAUGCAUUAACAAUUGUGGUUUCUUUGGAAGCCCAGCUACUAUGAACAUGUGUUCCAAGUGCCACAAGGAUAUGCUUUUGAAGCAAGAGCAGGCCAAGCUUGCUGCAUCAUCUAUUGGUAGUAUUGUGAAUGGAUCAUCAAGCAGCAGCGGGAGUGAACCAGUUCUUGCUGCUGGUGUGGAUGUCCAAGUCAAUUCUGUGGAGUCAAAGACCAUUUCUACUCAGCCAUCAUCUGCAUCUGGCUCAGGGGUGAGUGCAGAGGUAAAGCCAGAGGGUCCUAACCGUUGCGCCACUUGCAAGAAGAGGAUUAGCCUAACAGGGUUCAAAUGUCGCUGUGGUGACCUCUUCUGCGCAUCACACCGCUACUCAGACAAACAUGACUGUCCCUUUGAUUACCGCACUGCUGCACGAGAUGCAAUAGCUAAAGCCAACCCAGUUGUUAAGGCAGAGAAGCUAGAUAAAAUCUAGAUAAUCUGUGGAAUUUAGUUGACUGAAGUAUGUUGCUCAUUUCAUUCCAGAAACUCCCGUUUUGGCCACAUGGCAUAUCUGCUGUCCCAUUCUAUUGUUAUAUAUGCGGGAUGCACUGGUGGUAUAGGACAUCCAUGCGCUAUGAACUCCACAUCUUUUGCUUGCUGAAGAAUUGGCAUGUUGGCAUCAGUUUUUGUCUUAAAUCUGUGAUGGUUUGGAUUCUUGUUAUGGUUAGCGUUGUAAUGUUUCAUUCUGUUUCACAUGGCUUCUCUCCGGUCCUUACUGCUUUGUUGGAACCAAUAUGUGCAAAUUUCCGGAGAUAAGAAGACAUUAUGGGUGCGAUUUGUUGGUGGCCGUGUAAAUGUCAAUCAUGCUUUUCAGUUUAUCUUCCCUCUAUUGAAUACAUACAUGUCUCAACA